AUGUUUGAGGGAAGUAUGCUGCGUACAGCAAUCAAAAACUGCAUCUUAGUGGGACGAUUUUCAAGCAUAACUCAACCUCUUUGCAGUUCUCAACUGAUAUCAAAAGAGGGACCAGCGGAAAAUGAUAGCAAGCCGUUUGUUUUGUUGGAAGAGAAAAAAUGCAUCAUACCAGUUUUUGACUUAAGUCGACGAUUGGGAAAUGUUCUUGCACAGUUUCGGUACCGAUAUUUUUUCGAAAAACAGUUCAGUGUAGAAAGUUUUCUGAGCGGUGCAGUGCAGGCAAGCAUAUUAUGUGGCGAUUAUAUUCGACGCAAAGACUGGAGCAAUUUGAGAAGAAUUAUGGUGGAAGAUUGUGUUUCUGAACUACAAGCGAGACUUAGUUCGUCAGAUCAGUGUUUGGAACGUCUAAAAUUUUCUUUAGAUGAUGUUAUUUGUUCGGUCAUCGAUUCUUCUUACACGUGUGGCAAACUACAACCUGGUGUGUCUGGGGUACGUUCGUUUCUUCCAUUGAAGCAUCGAGCGUUCUACACACAAGUUAUUAUCUAUAUCAAGAAGAGCAAUAUAGAUCAAAAUAUGAAUAUUGAACAGUUGCUACGAACCUCGCCUCGGAGAAGUUUACUCAUAUGUAACAUUACAUUAUCUAGAAUUCUAAAUCCACUUGGGAUGUGGAAAGUAACAAGGAUCAAUUUUUUCGAUUAUCCGUAA